AGCAUGGAAAACAUUAAAUAUUCGACAUCUAAAUUGUUAACCAAGAAAGAUUGCACUUUCUUGGUUGCAUUUAAACAGUUUUCCCAUCUAUAAAAGAAGACAAGAAAUCAAGACUAAAAACCCCAACACAUAUAUAAAUUUCCUCCAAAAAAUUUGAAAAGUAGUAAAAUCAAAGGAAAUCUAAUUAAGUUGUGAGAUGGCAGAAGUGAAGUUGCUGGGUGUUUCUUUGAGCCCUUUUAGUCGUAGAGUUGAGUGGGCUCUUAAGAUUAAGGGCGUUGAAUAUGAAUUUGUAGAAGAAGAUAUACAAAACAAAAGUCCUCUUCUUCUUCAAUCUAAUCCAAUUCACAAGAAAAUUCCAGUGCUAAUUCACAAUGGCAAGCCAAUUUGUGAGUCAAUGGUAAUUGUUGAAUACAUUGAUGAGACAUUUGAAGGCCCUUCCAUUUUGCCAAAAGACCCUUAUGAUCGAGCUAUAGCUCGUUUUUGGGCUAAGUUCUUUGAUGAUAAGUGUAUGCCAGUAAUGGGAAAAGCUAUGUUCGGCAGUGGAGAGGAGUCAGACAAAGCUAAAGAGGAAUUGGGUGAGUUAAUAAAGAUUCUUGAAAAUGAGCUCAAAGACAAGAAGUUCUUUGUAGGUGACAAAUUUGGAUUUGCUGAUAUGGCUGGAAAUUUGAUGGCAUAUUGGAUGGGAAUUGUUGAAGAAGCCUCUGGAAAUGUUUUUGUAACAAGUGAAAAGUUUCCAAUAUUUUGUACUUGGAGAGAUGAGUACAUUAAUUGUAGCCCAAUCAAGGAAUAUUUACCUUCAAGAGAUGCAAUACUUGCACAUUUCAAAGCUCGUUUUCAAGCUGCUGCAGCUGCCCCUAAGUAAAAACCUUGUGAAAUUUUCGAGUUUUUAAUUUGUGUGGCAAUAUAACUACCUAUUUGAAGAAAAAUAGCUUUAUUCAACUUUACACAUAGUAGGUAGUAUGUUUGCUGUUUUUUGUUAGUUUGUGAGUGCAUGUGCGUUGUAAUUUCUUCGAAGCUAAUAAAUGCUAAGAGUCAUCUUUUUUGUCUUCACCUUUCCCAAUUUUGUAUUAUAAUGACUGAAUCAGUUGUAUUGGAAUUAUUUUUCAUUCAAUAGUUA